ACUGGUUCACAUACAUUGGCAUAGUAUCAACCGAGCCAGACAACGAGGAGAGUACGUUGGGUUGUAACACCAUGCUUGUGGCAAGUGCACCGGAUGCGGACAUCGGAUACCUGUUCGGUGAUUGGGGGCAGUGGCAAAUUGGUUUGAGGCCCGAUCCUGGUAGUUUGGUGCGCGACAUGAGGUGGAAGCGAGAAGUAAAUCUACGCAGGUCUUUCGUAAUAUGAUCUUGCUUCAGAUUAUGCUUUAAUGCAUCAGUCAACGCUAUUUUAAAAACCCAAGCUCAUGGGAUCAUGCUGGAUGUUUGCCUGUCAAUCAAUUCGGCAUAUUGGCAACUGUAAGCAUGAAUAUUUCCACCACCGGCUCCGGAAUGUUACAGAAUGGGCGAUAAAAACUCCCAGGGAACCUUUCCCAGCAAACAUGGCGAUUACGGGUUUGAGUCUACGCCUGCCCGGACAUUUGGAGCGGGUUUUUUGCCAAAUCCUUAGGAUUAGGUGGCCGCUGAAGUUGCUGCAUGAGAUUUAUAAUGCCAGUAGAGCCGUGGUUGAAGCUGUUGAAAUGAGCAUCAGCAAGCAUUCGGUAAUCAUUUCAGCAAUGGAAUCAACUCACAUCUCAAUGACCGACAGCGCCAACACUCCCUUCACAAGCCCAUUGCCGACUCGAUCAUUAUCAUUGUCUUCUCCACCGUUUCCAUUAUUCCCACCCCGCGCCCCUCCGUUGCCGGAAUUGCUGAUACGUCCAGUAAUGCCCGCAGUCGCAACGAACAAGAUCACGAAUGUGAAGUCGAUGGCCACAAUCAGGAAGACAAGUCCGGCGAUCGUGGCGAUGCGCCUCCUGUUGCCCUUCUCUUCACGCCGUUUCCAGGCCCAUUGAGCGGCAGCUAGGACGGCCCAUAUAGUGCCCGCGACUACGAUACCGAGCACAGCACGUAGUUGGGAGCCUGUAGAGUUGCCGAGGCGGGAGAGGUAGACGGCCCGCAUGAUGAGAGCAAUGAGGGCGGAGAGAAACUGGAUGGAGCGGAAGGUGAUCUCGAGCCAUGGUGGGAAUGUGACUUUGGGGAGAGAAGGCAUAGCGGUAUUUGUUGGUUCGUAUUGUGGGCAAUGAACAAGGCAGCGAGAGAUGGAAGAAGC